CGUUCUGAAUCUAAUAUUGAAUUUCCUGGGCGUCUCGGAAUCGAUCUCUAUUAAUCUGAUGUAACCCUAAGAACUCAUGAAACAUAUAUUCUUGACCUUAUUAUGUGGCAAUGUUUGUUUCUGAAAGUAGAUGCCACGAUCUAUUCACACUCAGUUUUACAAAAACACGCGAUUUUCACCAAGCCUUUAAAAACUCAUAGCUCACUUAAAAUUAAUGUGAAUAACUGGAAAACGUUAGGUUAUCAUUAAUUUUCUGUGGGAAAUCUGGUUAUAGUAUAAACAACUCCGAAUAACUUUGUUUGUAAGUAAGGUUUUCUAUAAAAACUGUUUGAAAAAGUGGUUUAUAAAAAUGUUUUUUCACUUCGAGUUUAUCGCGAUAUAGAACAUUCGCGAAGCGUGUCUCGAUGUUAUCAAGAAUAUAUGUUUCAUGAGUUCUUAGGGUUACAUCAGAUUAAUAGAGAUCGAUUCCGAGACGCCCAGGAAAUUCAAUAUUAGAUUCAGAACGUUAGAAAUGAAGCUCGUGGUUGGCUUGUAUUUUGACAUUUGGACCUUUCUAUCUAUGUAAAAACCAAAUACAUAUGUGCUUAAAAUCGUCAAGAUCCUUUUGUCAAUCUGUUUUGGGAUAAAUUCUGGAGUUUUUUUUUUCAUAGAAAGACGUGUUCCGGACUUGACUAUCGAAUAACAGAAAGCUCAUGGAAUCUAUCGUCUUUCUAUCAAACGCUAUUAAAAUAAUAACAUUGGACUGUCUUUUACCUUGAACUCGAUAGUGAGAGUAGAAAUUGAAAUUUGUAUAUGUUUAAGGGUUGGAUGUUCGACGCUUAAUUAGUAAUUUACAUGAAGUUGGUAUUCGUAAAGAGAAUGAUCGUCGCCAUAUGGUCAAUGUUAUGGGACGGUCAAUUCAUUAUAAUGCAGUGUAUUAUGAAAACUAUUUACAUAAAUUUUACGGAAAAUAUUUGAAAAUAUGUAAUUAUUUUCGUAUUGGAUCGCCUUAUGGAACUUAUGUGACCACUGUUUAUUUAUUAAUGAAAAUACUAUAUAUGAGUAAUUCACUAAUACAACUGUUUCUUCUAUCAAGACUUGUCACUGGCAAUACGUUAUCGUACGGCGUUGAAUUUGUACAAAAAUUCGUUACUUCAAAAAACAUGUGGCCAUCAAUCAAUUUUCCAAAGGUAGUAAUGUGUGACUUUAUGAUUCGGAUGUUAGAUAUCUAUGAACAAUUGGGUAUGGAAGAGUCAGCGACGAUAACUGACAUGGUUGAAAUCAAAAACAGAGUUUAUCGUCAAGAAUUUGUUUAUAAAUAUUUAAAAAUUGAUGGUUUUCUCAUGAUUAAAAUCUUACAUUCAAAUACAUCCGAUAUUAUUGUGGCUGAAUUAGUUGCGAAAUUAUUUAAUUUAUAUGUUAAAGAUCGACGUCAACGAAUUGAAAAACUCAAUAAUGAUAAUGCUUUCAUGUCUGUUUGA